AUCAAUUUAUUUUGAGUCCUUACAUAAUAUCCUUCACGAUGGUACUGAGUAGCAAACGCAAGACUUCUCCUGUUGCAGAUGACAAUGAAGUUUCAACCAAGCGUCGCUUCAUCGAAACCGAGGACGUACAAUCUACUGGUGAAGAACCGGUGCCAAAGGGCGAAGACGCGAACAUAUCUACAUCACAGACUCCAGCAGCAGAAGGCUCUGGUCCCACCGUCUCCAUAGACACCAAAACUUCCGACCGUAUGGCCCGAUUUAAGGCACUCAAGGCUCGUCAAGCAGACGGCGUCAAACAGAACGCUAAAGAAGUUCAACGCGAAAAUAAUCGAAUCAAGAUCGACCCCGAGCUUGUUAAAAAGCUUGAUCGCAAAAACGCCAUCGCUUCACAAAAACUGCUCAAGGACGACACUGAAGCUGCAGGUGAGGACUUUGAGCGCAAACGCGCAUGGGACUGGACUAUAGAGGAAAGCGAAAAAUGGGAUAGGAGAAUGGAGAAGAAGAAGGCGAAUAGGGAAGAUGUAGCCUUUAGCGACUAUAACACCGAAGCCCAGAAGGUGUACAAGCGGCAGAUGAGAGACUUCAAGCCGGAUAUGGAGGCAUAUGAAAGAGAAAAGAUGGAGGCGAUCCAGAAAGCCGCCGCCAAUGGCGGUCUGGAAAUUGUUGAGACUGAAACGGGCGAGCUAAUCGCCGUGGAUCGUGAUGGCAGUUUCCUAUCGACGGCAGAUCAGCCUCAGGACUUUACAAGCAAACCGACGAAAGAAAAUCUCGACAGGCUUGUGAACGACAUCAAGAGGGCAGAGGAAGUACGGCUGCAGAGAAGAAGGCAGAGAAACAAGGAGCAGUUGGAUGAGAAUGGCGAUGUCACGUACAUCAACCACAAGAACAAGCAAUUCAACGAGAAGCUCAACCGCUUCUACGACAAGUACACGGCGGACAUUAGGGAGAACUUUGAGCGUGGUACAGCGAUAUGAGGCAGGUGUCAUAUGUCGUCGGCUUUAUGGAAGCCUACAUCUAUUUAUGAUUUAAGCCUCCUGCAAGAAGGAAGCUUUGGCCUGUCGCAUAUCCUGUUGUCGCAAACAUCAUGACCACGUUGGCAACCUCCUCUGGAUAUCCUAAGCGGCCUAACGGUAAAUCCGGCAGCCCUUCAACGUUUUUGUUGGGAAUCAUUCCAGUAUCGCCAAUCAUCGCGGGUGCAACAUCAUUCACCGUGAUGCCAUAUGGUGCAAGCUUCGAGGCCAAGUUUUUCAUCAUGGACGUGAGACCGCCUUUGGACGCGGCAUAGUCUUGGUGGCAUAUCAGAUAACAAAUAGCGGAAGCGUGGCAAGUUGGUAGUACUUACGACAGCCAUUUAUACCAACUCCUUUAGCAGCGAUGGAACUUACAAAGAUGAUUCGGCCCCAGCGUUUUUGCUUCAUGUGUUCAACCACACCCUUCGUUAGUAGGAACGACGCAGUCAAGUUCACUGCAAUGGUAGUUUGAAAUUCCUCGAGUGGAAUGUCCCUAACUUCAGCCAUCAAUUCUACUCGGACUCCAAAUAUGAC